CGGGAUCGAACGCACCUGGUUUCGUUCCUUGGGCUGCUGAUAAGGUGCGACUCCUAGAGGCUGAGGUUCGUGACGAGCUGCAGCGUCGCGGGGCACCAGCCAGCCUCUUCCAGGGAGGUGUGCCAGCACCAGCUGCGGGGGAACCUUCAGCGGGUGGAAAAAGGGAGGGCGAGGGUACUGCCACUGCCCCGCCUCCCAGUGAGCCAGCCACCGCAGCGGAAAGCCUCCUACAGACCACCGCCAAGGGAAGGCCAGUUGAGCCUCCCAAAACCUUGCAACCUCCUGCGCCUGCCCCAGAAGCCGCCAAGUCAGAGCCACCAAGCCCAAAGGAGAAGCCCACCGAGGAGCAUCAAGAGCCGCCACCUGCUGAGCCUGCCUCAUCUGCCCGAGGACCAAGCAGAAGCAGGCGCACGCCGCAGCAGGAGCAGGCGAGACCGGAGCCACCGGCGCAGCAGGAGAUCCGAGAGAAGCCGCUGAGGAUGGCUUGGAUGAGGCUGAUAUGGUGGGCUCGUGUGGCAUUGGAGUGGCAGAUGAAACUGGUGGCAUUCAAGGUGGUAGAGAAGAAUCGAAGUGGCAUGCAGUGGCAAAUUGUAUCACCAGCGAAGACGUUGAGGAUCUACUUUUAUGUGCCCAACGA